GACUCAGGGCAGCAGAGAUGCAGAGACACAGAGCGUAGCAGGACUUGUGUCAGUGAAGAGCUGGAAUUGAAUUUCUGGCAAACAUGGACUUUUUUCAAAGGGCACCCCCUUUCUUGAUCCAGUUGCAGAAUAUUUUGCGGAAGUAUCCAGAUGGUGGACAGAUCUUAAAAGAGCUGAUACAGAAUGCAGAUGAUGCCAAAGCCAGAGAAGUGGUCUUUGUUUAUGAUGAAAGACAAUAUGGCACUGAAACCAUUUACUCAAAUGAGCUCUCUGGUAUCCAAGGUCCCGCUCUGCUGGUAUAUAAUAAUGAGAUGUUCACCGACAGGGACUGGGAUGGAAUACAAAAGCCAGGAAACAGCAUCAAGCGUAAAGAUCCGGAUACAGUUGGGAGAUUUGGUCUAGGGUUCAACUCUGUCUAUCAUAUUACAGACUAUCCUUGUAUCUUCAGUGGAAAAUAUAUCGGAAUCCUGGACCCACAAGAAGAUGUUUUCCGUAGAGGAGGACUUCUGUGGAGCCUUGAAGGAAGCAGAAAAUGGUUAGAUGAACUGGCAGACCAAUUUCAUCCAUUUCAGAAAGGUUUUGAAGCCGUCGGCUGUGGAUCUUGGAAUGAAGUCCUUAGCAAUGGCUGUUUCAAAGGCACCUUAUUUCGUUUCCCACUUAGAGUGAAACCCUCUGAAAUCUCUGAGAAUAUUUACAGCUCAGAGAAGGUACAGGAACUCUUCGAUUCCUUCAUUAAAGAUGCCAACAUCAGCUUGCUUUUCCUCCGCCAUGUAAACACUGUGUCACUAAAGAAAAUCGGCAGUGACGGUAAGGUGUGCAAUCUGCUAACAGUUAGGGUUUCUGCAAAAAGAAUAGCAGAAAUACAUUUAGAAGACAUAGCCGCAAAGACAUAUUACAAGGUGACGUCUCUAAAGGCUUUUGAGAAAGACAAAGAAGAAUGCAAAUGGCUGGUGACAGCCAGCUCGGUCCAUGGAGAUCUCUUUGCAGACCUUAUUGAACUAGGUAAUAAGUUGUGUAACAAACCUGCUCUUGACUUGGCGUAUCCAUUAAGCCAGACGGGCAUUGACCUGUUUGCUGGUCGGCUGAAUUGUAUUCUGCCCCUCCCUGACAAGGAGGAAAACAGAACAGGUCUUCCUGUUAUCAUCAAUGGAUGCUUUGAUCUCACGGAUGACCGCAGAAGCAUGAAAUGGCUUGAAGUUGACCAGCAGCACGAUGAAGCAGCCAAAUGGAACCAUAUUUUGGUGGAAAGGUUGCUCCCCUUAGUUUAUACAUGUGCUGUUAAGGAUGCUAUAUCAUUGGUAAAUCUCUCAAAGAUUACAACAGAAGUAGCAUAUGCCAUUUGGCCAGACCCAGCCAAGACUGAACAUAAAGGAAGAUGGUUUACCCUAACCAAACAGAUGGCAAGUUGUCUCAUGAGGGAAAAAGUACUGCAGACUGCUGGCCAAAGCAACUGGAUAUCAGCACCUGAAGCUGUAUUUCUAUUUUGUAAUGAUAAAGAACUCCGUAACUGUUUAGAGGUACUUCUCUUACUGCAGAAUCAGCCCCUUGUCAACGUUCCAGUGCAUGUGCAUAAAACACUCACCUUAGCCGAGAGCAGCUCCAAAACGCUAAACAAUGUUUCUCCAACUUCUAUACGGAAGCUCUUGCGGAAUGGAAACUGGAAAACCUUUCCAUAUAAAAAAAACCUACUUCUUCUCCAAUACAUUAUCAGCGAUGGAGAUUAUAACGACCUACUGAACAUCCAGUUGCUGCCAUUAUCCGAUGGGACAUUCAUUAGCUUUCAGAACACAGACUGCAAUGGCAUGGCAUACAUUGAUAGUACAGAAUUUCCCAGGAUUUUAUUACCGGGAUUCUCACUGAGAUUUCUACCCAACGAUAUUCCCGAGGAUCUGCUUGUACAGCUCAGAAUCAUCGGCCAGCAUAAAAUUUUCAAGAACCUUGUGUGCUUAGACAUUGAUUUCAUAAAACGGAACCUGAGUGCAUCCCUUCCAAAAAAGUGGAACACUAGUGACAACCAAGUCAUCUGGAAUCCUGGAGACCCAAGUAACCCACCAGUUGAAUGGCUCAGUGCAUUCUGGGCAAUGCUCCAACGUUAUAACGAUUUGAACUCCUUCGAAAACCAACCACUGGUGCCAUUAAAUUAUAUUUCUGGAGGCUGCACCAGUGUUCGUCUUGCUCGACUGCGGAAAAAUACUGCUUUACUGUAUCAGAGCAAAGAAAGUCACAGCUUGAAUGACUGCAUUGUCAAGGUGCUUGAGCAAGUUGGCUGCACCAUUAUAAAAAAGACAAACUCCUGGUUGUGGCAUCAAAAACUUGCAGAGUACAUCUUGGUGCCCACUCCAAAUAACAUCCUAAAAAUAUUUUCUUAUUUGAAUUUGAAACAAAUUACUCAAAUCCUGGCAAGCAUGCCUGCAAAAAACCUACAGAUGUUUGCAAACUUCCUUUCGAAAGCCUACUCCCUCAGUAAGCCUGAACUGACUAUUAUUUACCAGCUGCCUGUCUUUUGCAGUGUGGAAACUUUAUCUAUGUCUAACUCUUCACUGGUACCUGCUCUUAACUUACAUGCACUGGAAAAAAGCACUUUCCCAGAGGUCCCAGGAAACUUGGUGUUUCCAAAAACACUCAUCAAAUGCAGAGAUGAAGUGGACAGGAGACUUCUUUGCCUGAUGAAUAUACCUUUUCUACAUGCUAAAGAUGCAGCAUUACUUUUAGUGAGAGCCAUCCAUCAGGGAUUAUAUGCAAAUUUUCCGACACAUGCACAGAGUAUAAUGCUGUGGAUUUUGCGCAAUGGUGAUACACUGUUCACUCAGAGUAAAGAACUGAUAGAACUGUGCAAAAAACUUGCGUUCAUCCCUUUCAAUGGGAAAUGCAUCCAGCCUUCUGUUCUUUUUGACCCUACAGUAAACAUAUUUAAAGAACUCUUUGGACCAGAGCAAUUCCCACCUGCAGCUUACAAUGAAACAGCAGUUUUGAAGUCAUUAAGGACAUUGGGCUUAAAGGAUUCCAUACACAGAAUCUCAGUAGAUGAUGUUCUACAGAUUUCCAAUAAAAUAACUCAAGGUCAUUAUCAGGUUUCAUUAAAGAAGGCCAAAGCUCUUAUUAAAGUUUGCAAUGAGACUGGUGUUUUAUCGCAGUGUAAUAAAAACGAUUUGGGCAGACUAUGCAGCCUUCCUUGGGUUCCCAUUGAAUCAAUGACUUUGCGGAUUGAGCCAGUGAAACUUAAAAGCAUGAAGUUCAGAAACUUUGUGGAAUAUUCAAUGUACAUAACAAAUGACUUCAAUGAAUCUGCAAGUGAGAUACUUGGCUUAAACAAACCACCGCCUCCUGAAAAAGUAGUUGAAAAUCUUCAUAUUCUUAGCAGAAGGUUCCGAGAGAUAGACACCCUCUCCUUCCACAUCAAACUGCAUACUAUUUACAAAUAUAUGCAGGACAACUUUUACCAAUUCUGCAAAUAUCUGCAGAACUUGUGCAUUUGGAAUGGACAGGACUUUUCCAAUGUAGGUGACAUUGUUUUGUUGUACCCUGAAAGUUUGGAAUUAAGCUCCUAUGUGAAAAAAGUGCCUGAGGAGUUUCUAAUCUACAAAGACCUCUUCAUCAAAUGCGGUGUCCGUGGGAAACUGGCAGAGAAAGAAGUGACUAGCAUACUUUAUACACUGAAGAAAAGCUUAGGCACCGGGCAUAAGUCUAACUGUCUGAAGGAAAUGAGGCUGGCAAUAUCCAUCUUGGAUUGGAUGAAAGCAAAAUCUGUUCAUGGAAAUGACGAUCUUCCUAUUCCAGUAGAGAAUGGCAGAAAUGGCUUUAGCCUACAGCCACUGUGCACGACGGUGUUUUGUGAUAUGGACAAGCAGCAUUUAAAUGAAAUUCCUGAGAACAGCACAGACUAUCACGUUGUUCAUGAAGAUGUCUCCUCUGCAACUGCCAGGUUUCUAAAUAUUCCCCUUUUAAGCACUAAGGUACUAAACCCGGAGUUUUUUGAGCCUUGGGGACCCUCAGAACCCGUCACACUUAGAAUUAAAAACAUUCUAAGAGAAUAUAGCGAGCAGGUGGAACUUUUUAAAGAACUCAUACAGAAUGCAGAAGAUGCAGAGGCUACAGUAUGUCAAUUUUUAGUGGAUAUGAGGCAGAAUUCUGGAUCACGACAAAGUCUGAUAGAUCCUGACAUGGCCAACUGCCACGGAGCAGCGCUUUGGUCUUACAACGACAGCAAGUUCACAGAAAAUGAUUUCCGCAAUAUUACCCGUAUUGGAGCUGCCACAAAGGAAACUGAAGUGAAGAAAAUUGGGAAAUUUGGUUUGGGCUUUAAUACAGUGUAUCACAUUACAGAUGUACCAUCAAUAAUGAGUGGAUCAAACGUUCUUAUAUUUGACCCCAAUGUCAACCACAUUAAGAAACAUAAAAUAAAUUCUGGCAACCCUGGAAUCAAGCUGAACCUUCAAAUGAAACCUGAAAUUCUUCAUGUAUUUUCAGAUCAAUUUAAGCCUUUUUCUGAUGUGUUUGGCUGUGAACUGAACCAGCCAUUUUACUUUGAUGGGACUCUAAUCCGCCUUCCUUUCAGGACAGAGACAGAAGCAAAAGAUUCCCAAAUCUGCCAACGGGCCUUUACUGAAGAACAGAUACGCAGUUUCACUCACAGUUUUGAUGAAGCAGCCAGUACUCUUCUCAUUUUCUUAAAGAACAUACAACAGGUGACUUUAAACUAUCUUGAAGGAGAUCUCUGCCCUCAGGCUGGUGAAUCAAGAGUGACAGUUCAAAGAGACAAAGUGCAAACUUUGGAUAUGCCUCGCAAUAUGAUUCUACAACAAGAACAAAUAAAUGCAUUGACUGUGCUUAGAAUGAACAUGAACAGCGUAGAUGUUACUGGGUCACAUAUAAUAAAAAUGACAGUGACUUAUACAGAGACAGCUGAAGAAACCUAUUACCUUGUCCAAUCCAGCUUAGGAAUCAAAGAGUCGCUUCAGAUGUUCAGUCAAAAUAAGAAACUAAAUACUUACCUUCCAGUUGCUGGUGUUGCUCUUCCUUUAAAGAAAGAUCAUCAUACUGGAAAAUGGGCCCCUAAUCUGAGCGACUUCAGUGGAAUGGUUUUCUGUUAUUUACCCCUUCCUGUCUCUUCUGGAUUACCUUUUCAUCUUAACGGAACCUUUGCAGUUAUGUCCAAUAGAAAGAGCCUGUGGGAUACAACAGAAAAGGGAGAAUGGAAUAGGAAAUUACUUGGUGAUGCUGCUGUAGUUGCAUUGAUAACAGCUUUGACUCAAUUACAGAUAUUCAGCAACAAUGGGGACAUACAGGAUUAUUACUAUCACACAUUUUGGCCUGACAUUUCAAAAUCUAAGACCCAAUGCACUGAAGUGGUAAAAGCUUUCUACCAAGCCAUAGCUUUUGGAUUAGUAGAUUGUCUUCCUGCACUCUUUAGUAAUGGCCAAGAAUCAUGCUCUAUAAAAUACGCCUGCUUUCUGCAAUUAGACUAUAUCCAAGAUGAGGAAAUGCUCAAGUUGGCCAACAAAGUCUUUUCUUCAGUGCUUAAAAAACCAUACAUGGCAAUUCUCCUUCCAGAAAGGAUCAAAAACAGUUUCAUUGCAAGUGAUUGUUCUAGUAAACUUAUCCCAAAUACAUUUGACUGUGAAAGGUUCUACAGGGAAAUUGUGCUUGCAAAUCUUGUCUCAUUAGAAGCACAAGAUAGAAAUGCUCUCAUAAUUUAUGCCAUUGAUUUGCAGAACAAGCAGCUGGAUAAUCUGUUGAUGUCUCAGCCUUGCAUUCCUUCAUCAAAUGGAAAGCUACAAUUUAUUGGGAAACUGGUGCACCCAGAGGGAAAAGUAUCAUUAUUGUAUGAUGAAGAGGAGGGGUGUUUCCCCCAAGGUGCUGAAUUUCUAACAAGUCACAGACUAGAACGAUUAAAAACAUUAGGAAUGAGGAAAGAUGUACUUCCAAUGGAUGAACUGAUAGAGAGAGCAAGCAAAAUUAAUAGUGUUUGGAAAAAGGAUAUAAAAAAGGGCUUACAACAAAUCUGUUGUGUGCUUGAGCUACUGGAAGAUCUACUUUACCUGUCCCCAGGUAACGGGUAUGAAGCAAAGUUUAGAGACAUUGUGUUUUUACCUGCAGUAUCCUCCCAAAGUCAGCAUGAAGGUAUAAAGAACCAUCUCUUGAUGAAAUCACAGGAUCUUUACCACUAUAAACAUAAGGCUCUUGUUUGCCUAAUUAAGCCAGUAUUAAGCAAAGAGCAUGUUGCAAAACAAACAGCAUUUUCUGACAGAAUGUUAACUUUCUUGGGCUUGGAUCGGAUCCCUACUUCUGAGAUGAUUUUGAUGCAAUUGCAGGAAGCUUGUAAAAUACAUUCUUUGCUAACGGAAGAUGUUUCUCAAAUAGCAAAGAACUGCUAUAACUUUUUAAACACCCUGGUGCAAAAGGAGCCAAAUCAACUAAGACAUCUGAAAGAAAUGACAGACUCUAACACUCCUUUCGUAUAUGUUGGUAAGGGGUUUGUACCAGUAAAUUGUGUUGCAUACAUGAUGCCUUUUGAUGUAUCACCUUACCUGUAUCAGCUUCCUAAGGAAUAUCAAGCAUUUCAUGAGUUAUGGAAAUACAUUGAACUCACUCAGGAAUUUUCCAUUCACCACUAUGUGGCUGUUCUAAACAAAAUGCAUGAAAAGAACAAAGAAAGCCCUCUCCCAGAGGAUGAACUCAAGGUUGCAUUACGUUUAAUCAACCACAGUUCAGAAAAAAUAUUUAAUAAUGAUGCCCCUGGAAACCUGCUUGAUGGCCAUAAAAUACUUGUUCCAGAUGCACAGGGUGUUUUACUACAUGUUGAUCAGUUAUUCUUUAAUGAUUCUCCCUGGAUAUCCUUUGAUGAAGGUCUGCGUUUUUGCCAUGAGAUGAUUCCAAGGGCAGUUGCUCUAAAACUGGGGAUCAAGACAAAGACUCACCAUACACUAGAAAGACUGACUGUUUCUAAUGCUUUCAGCUUGUUUUCUGACUUUGGGGCAAGGGAAGAGCUUGCGACACGCAUCAAAAACAUAAUAAGGGAGUAUUCCUCUAAAAAAGAUGUUGUGAAGGAACUCAUUCAGAAUGCAGAUGAUUCGGAGGCUACUGAAAUCCACUUUAUCUUGGACAGUAGAAAUCACCAAACAACAAGCACAUUCGGGCCAGAGUGGAAUCUGCUUCAAGGUCCUGCUCUUUGCAUUUACAAUAAUAAGAAAUUUACAGAAAACGAUGUAGAAGGCAUUCAACAGUUAGGCAAAGGUGGAAAAUCAGACCGUUUAGACAAAACUGGGAAAUUUGGCCUUGGAUUUAACACUGUGUACCAUAUAACAGACUGCCCUUCUUUUAUUACUGGAGACAGGAUGGGCAUCUUUGACCCAAAUCUAAUUUUUUUGCCAACAUCAUGUUCUAACAGCCCAGGUGGAAUGGUUAAUGUCAAUAAUGAAUUCAAGGGUAGAUAUAAAGACAUUUAUAAUACAUUUCUUCCAUCUUGGUUUGAUCUGCAAGAGGGUACACUUUUUCGCUUGCCUCUGAGGACAGCAGAAACAGCGGCAAACUCAAAGAUAUGUGACCAGACGGUGUCGUUGGAUGAUAUCAGGCUCAUUUUCCAGGAGCUGGAAAGAGAAGCUGACAACAUGGCAUUGUUCUUAAACAGCAUUUGCAAAAUAACAUUUUCAGAAAUUUCAAUAAUAGAUGACCUUCAUGAGAUCCUAAGAAUUGAAACCAAAAUCGAGGGACUUCAGAACAACUGCUGCGAUUUUAAGGAAAAACUCAAUCAGUUAGCAGAGAAUGACAGCAAUAUCUCUGAGGCGGUGCCAUUCAGAAGGUUUUACAAAUUGCAAAUAACAACGAGCAGUUCCAAAAAAACGCAGUGUUGGCUUUUAGCUAAACAGAUUGGGUUUGAAGCUGAUGACUGUUUGGCUACACUACAGACGAUUUCUGAUGGUUUACAAGAAAUCCUUAUUCCACAUGGGGCUGUGGCUGCUUGCAUUAAUGAUUUUCAGAAUUUACCUGAAGGCAAGGCUUUCUGUACUUUGCCUCUACCAGAACAAACUGGACUGCCUGUACAUAUCAGCGCUAAUUUUAUUGUGGAUUCAUCACGCAGGGGAAUAUGCAACGAGGACGGCAAAAGUCUAAAGACUGAAUGGAACAGGUUUCUGCUUAUUAAUGUCAUUGCUCAACUCUACUGCAGCCUCCUUGAUCUAAUUCAUAAGGAAUUCAUUAGAGAUAAAGAAGAUCCUAUCGUUUUCAAAAGCUGGAAUUCCUGUGAAUUAUUUCUAAACAAGUUUUUAUAUUUCUUCCCAGAAAUUACAGCGUCAGUCCCACCACAGUGGCAUGAAAUGGUCAAUCAGGUCUAUAGGACAAUCUCUGAAAAGCAUUACAGAUUUAUUCCAGUUUAUAAGACUCAGUCUAAAAGAGAACGAUAUAAAAUGACAAAGCCUGUACAGGUGCAGUGGUUAUUUAUUGGCCAAAGUUCUAUAUUGGAAGAGCCAUACUUUCUUUCUGAUGAAGAAUAUGAAAGAAUUGGAAUUGUUCUGCAUAAUAUCGACAUGAAAGUAGCUUUUGGUGGACGUUCACAUUCAUUGUAUAAACAGUUAAAAGCAGCUGGAGUUAAAGUCCUGGAAUUGCAUCCUAAAUCACUUCGCAAUUUUCUAAAGAUCGCUCCAUCCCAAUGGCAAGGAAAACUACCACUGCCCAUUUCAGAUACACUUCUCAAGGAAGAGACGAAUUGCAAAUUACUGUUACAGUACUGCAUUUCUAAACAGAAAACAGAAGAAUUAGUAGACCUACAGGAUGUUCCUUUACUGGUAACUGAAGAUGACAUGCUCCGAUAUUUCAACAGAAACGAUAGUAAAUAUUACUCACAAUUCCACAAUCUGUUUCCAAGUUUUUGUGAAGAGUUUGCAAAAUCUCACCAUGAGGUGUUAGUGAAAUGUGGCUUCUUGCGUGACUUAACUAUAAAAGAUGCGUUUCUUUUGCUGAAAAAACAUCCAGGGCUUCCAUGCCAGCUAUCUCCAAUGAGAAGGGAGAAGCACCCUAUGCUUCUGAAAGAAAACACAAAAUGGCUUCAAGAACUGUGGCAAUUUUUUAGAAAUAACAUAAACCCAAAAAAUAAAACAUGCCAAGAAAUUAUAACAUUGUUUAGUGACUGGGCAAUACUUCCAGUUAAUUUAAAAAAACAUCCUGAUGAAACCAUUCUUCUGCCACUCAGCAAGCUCAAGAGUACUUUUGCAGAUAAUGCGAGUGAAGUAGCAACAAUCCUUUCUAAGUUAGGAUUCCCAGUGCUAAACCUCUUAAUCCUUGGAACACCAAGUUCCACUUUUAAACCUUACAUAAUGGACACAGAAAAUUGUUGCUCAGUGCUUGAACAGCUUUGCUCUGAAAAGGAUAUUCACUGGGAAGAACUUGAAACAAUUGAACUUGAUAUUCUACUUUGGUUUUUUCUAAAAGGUUUAAAAACCUCUGCCAGUAAAGACUUCAUACACAGACUCCAGACAUUACCACUGUUUGAGACUCAUCAAGGCAAGAGACAGAGUUUAAAUGGGCAUACAAAGAUUUAUAUUCUUGACACCGCAUUUUGCUUCCAAUCAGAAAGGUUGUAUAAACUGGACACCCACAUUGUUUUCCUCAAAAACACGUUGCUUAAUAAAGAAUUAGCACAGUAUACAAACAUGUCUUUGAUCAAGGAAGUCGAUUUUCUUGCUCAAUAUCUGCUUAACCAUUUUGCGUCAUUGAAUGAAGAUGAAUUUGUGGAAGUACUUUUGCUGAUUUUGAAGAUAAAACACUUUGAUGACUUUAUACAUGUAAAAGAUACCAUUGUUGCUGCUCUCAGACCACUGAAGUUAAUCAGAGAUAAAAAAGGAGAACUUCAAAAAGCCUCUUAUUUUUUUGACCACAAGGAAAAGUUAUUUCAUACUUUGGAGCUUCACUCAAUGUUCAUCCCAGAGUUACUAAUCAGCAAAUUUAAGAUAUAUGAAACUGACUUUCAUAAACUUUUACUGGACAUUGGGUUAAGAGACAAACUUUCAGAAGAUGAGUUUAUUGAGUUUGCAAACAAAGUUGAAAAAGAUGCUGAAGGUGCCCGCUCUUUAGAACCUCUGAUUCCUAAGAGUGAUGGAUUGUUCAGAUAUUUGGUGUCCAUGAAUGUAGAAACAGUAACCAACAGAUUCACAGCUAAUGUGGGGAGCAUCCAGUUCUUGAUCCCUUCAAAAGUUCAGGAUGAUUUAAAAUGUCUGCAUCCUUCUUAUACUAAAGAGAAAAAAAUGAUUGCUCUGAAAGGUUCUCUUCUACAGAAAAACAAGGAAUAUGAAUCAUUAGUUUGGACUUCAAUGGCCCUUAAAAAAUCAAUCUCAGACCACGAAAAAAAUGGUCUGCUUGUUUUAGAGGAAUGCAGAGUUUUUAUCAGCCCACCUGUAGAUCUAGUUGUAGAAAACUUAAAAAAUAUCUGUAGAGUUACAUGCCAGACCAGUGCUCAGUUAGACACACGGCGGCAAGUACUAAAGGCUACUUACAAUUUCCUUCAAGAACCUGCUAACUUAAAUAUUAGCUUAUUAUCUGAUAUUCCAUUUAUUUUAGUGGAUGAUGAUAAAGUAGCAAAGCCGGGACAAGUUGUUUUUAGUCUCCCCAAUGAAAAUCAUUUACAACCAUAUCUUUACAAGUUACCACCACUCCUUGCAUGCUAUAGUGACUUAUUUCAGAAAGUUGGAGUAGCGGCUGAGGCAACCAUCAACCACUUUGUUGAAGUUCUUUCCACAAUUCAUGAAGAGACUGCUGGGAAAGAAACCUUGCAUGCGAAUCUCAAAAGGACCGUUUCUGAAGUCACCGAACAUGUUUUUAAACAUUUAGAACAAAAUAAAACAGGCCUUGAAAAUGUUAAACUUCUUUAUCUUCUAGGUGUUGAUGGAAAACUUCAUGAAUCUUCCACGCUUGUUUUUAACAACUGCUGUUCUCCAUUGGUAACAGAAAAAUUAAGUAACAGAUUUACAUUUUUUGAAUUUCAACAUUUAAAAACAGAGUAUUUACGACCAGACAUCUACAAAAGCCUAGAACUAAUCCAACUUUUACCUUCACAUCUGCGUCCAAAAAUGCUUUCAAAAAUUACAAAGGAAGAUAUUUGUUCAAAUGAAUUUUGUAGUGAAGGAGAAAAUUGUGAAAUCCGUUCUGGUUUACAACAGCUUCUGUUUUCUACAAUAUUUCAUGAGGGUCUAGUUUGUCUUUUGAGACAUGAGAACAAUGGAAAGCUUUGUGAAGAAGAAGCUAUCAAAAAAUGCAAUUCUAUAUUUGGAAAAAUAGAAAUUAUAUGCUGUCUUAAGUUAAAAACAGUCAUGCACUAUGAAAACAAACAAUUGGCUGAAACUUGUGCUGGACGAAUUUUGUUUGUCAGCAGAGGCAAUGAUGACCAGUAUAAAAUGUACAUAACACAUACUGGCUUAAUGAAUAGAAAAAACUAUUUUCUAGUGGUAGAUACUCUUGCAGAUGCAAUAAAUGAUCUAAUGGGCAACACACUUUCAUAUAUGUCAUUAAAAAUCCUCAUGCAAAUGCUAUGUUGUGAAAGUCCUGAGGAGGUCAUUAAUUGCCUUAAAGAGAAGAACAUAUGGAAUAAAACAAAAAAAAGUCACAAUGCCUAUUUGCCCAAGCCAGGAGAACCAGUUCCUGCUGAAUGGCAUGAUGCUUUGGACAUGAGCAUUUUGAAUAGGUUCAAAGUGGGUGAUUACGUAGGGUACCUGGAUCCAUCUGAAAAAGAACUAUAUAUUUAUGCUGUUAUAGUUGAGGAACUGGAGAGCCACAUGUUUACAGACUGUGAAAUUCAGAGGUACCGCAUCAGUAUUGGCCAAUAUAGAACUGCUGAUGUCAGUGUACUUGAUUUGUAUCAGUUCAAGAGAACCGCAAGCCAGAAGAGCAAAGAGUUGGUACUGGUGGAGAAUGCUGAUCAGCAAGAAGAAAUACGUGAAAAAUGGUAUGAAACUGCAAUAGAAGAUAUCAAGAAAGAAAUUGACACAUAUCUGGCUAAAAUAUGGUCUCUACCACCAGAAGAAAGGCAAAAGGCUAUCAGAAGACUCUAUCUCAAAUAUCAUCCUGACAAGAACAUUGGGCAAGAGCACAUUGCAACAGAGGUCUGCAAAUACCUGCAGCAGAAAGUCAAAGAUCUGGAAGCCGGUCGGAAUUCAAGCAGCCAAUCUUUUCCCACUAAUCAUUCAAAUCCCUUCUGGGACUUUUCUAAACAUUGGCACUCGUGGGAUAGAGAAGCAUCCGACCACCGACGACAUCGUGAUAAUUUUUAUAGAAAGACCAAUUGUAACUAUAAUUUCUGGUCCUACCACCAAAGUAACACACGGCCAAAUCCCGCAGAAGCUGAAAGGUGGGUCAAGCAAGCAAAGUGUGACAUGAGAGCUGCUGAGCAUUCUGUUGGUCAUCAUCAGUCAGAAUGGGUAUUCUAUAAAGUGCACCAGGCUGUAAAAAAAGCUUUAUUAGCAGUGCAGUACUUUAAGAAUGGAAAAUGCAACAGGAAAGAGUCUAUACAUUCUUUAGUGGACCAAGUUUCAACAUAUAGCCUUAGUCUUAGUGCCAUCAAUAAACAGGUAUUACAGAUGGUGCAGCAUGGAGUAGAUGAACUUAAGACACAGUAUCCUAGUUCUCAUCGCUCACCAGGCAUUCCCAAUGACACCAUUCCCUGUGACAAAGAAAUGGAGGUCAUUGAUUUGGCGAAGAAUGUACUUAAAACUAUAGAGGAUUAUGUGUACCAGUAAAGAGUCAUUCUGAACCAGUUUCCAAAUGAUCUGCUGAAUGUAACUAAUUUCAAUAAGUAACCUAAGUUCCAAGGACAUGUAAACUCAAUUUGCUAGGACUUAUGCCCAUGGCUGCUAUACCCAUGUCCAUGGAGAGCCAUCCUAAGCAGAAUGUUACACCCCAAGAUUGUGCCUGCUCACCUAAUGGGUCCUCUAUUUUGGCCUGCCUCCUCCAGCUUUAAGAAAACUGCCUGUUUGCCUAGAGUGUUACCUUAGGCCUUGUCAAAGACUUCUGGGUUGGAUUGUUGCCUGUUUGUUAGAACAAAGAUCUUUUGUUGUAAUGCGAUGAUAAGCGCUAAGCAAGAAAUCACAUAGCAUUCUAAUAUCUUAAUAUUGCCUCUCAAUAGGCUUCUCUUUCCAGAAACUGACAUAUGUUGUAUUAUAGUAUCCACGGGUCUGUAACUUGAACCAGUUUGAUUCAGAUAUUGAAUUCUAAAUUGUGCAGCUAUGGAGUCUUGUAAAGAUAUGUAUAUAUGUUUAUCAGUCUGAAAAAUAAUAGUGCAUGCAAUUGUGUUGUGCAGUUGAAAACCACCAAUUAGAUCUUUUUUUUUAUUUUGUAAAAACUGAUUGGAUGAGACUGCCAAUGUCCAUUUAAUCAAUUUGUAGAGCAGGAACUUAAAAUAAAGGAAUUCUUCCACCAGGCAAAUAACACCAAGUAGAAAAAGUUUAUGUCCAAAUAUACAGGCUGUAUAUUUGGACACAAACUUUUUCUACUUGCUUUUAUUAGCCUGGUUGAAGAAUGCCUUUAUUUUGAGUGCCUGCUCUACAGAUUUUCCCGGUUUGAUCCGCUCCCCUUGUUGAAGGCUCAGGGCGGUGCACAUGGGCCUCUUCCUUUAUGUGUCGUUAUUACUUAGUAAUUUAUUUUGGGACCUUUGAUCUAUUUAUCCUUACCUAAUGGCAAUUUAAUGCCUAUAUUAGUAAAUCAGGCCAAAUGGGCCUCACCUAGGAGACCAAAUGUACAGUAUUGUUUAAUUUCCUUUUACACAUAUAUUUAACAUGUAUCCAGCACAAAAUAGAAGUUAGGUUUCAUUGUAUUUGCUAAAUAUGUUACAAGUGUCCAUCUAGCAUCUUAUUCCCGAUCAUUACAGGAUAACAUUAGAUGUAACCAUUAUUAAUAAACCAUGUUACACA